AUUGUCGGGUCGAUAAAUUUCUAUCGAAACGAAACAGGCGAAAAAAGCGAAUGAAUUGCAACUAAUUGUACAAUAAUUAUUAAAAAUAAAAUUGUAAACUCAGACGAGAUGGAGGUGGACGAGGAGGAAUUCGAGGUGCCGUCGAGCAGUAGCAAAGGAGAAAAGAAGCGUUUCGAAGUGAAGAAGUGGAAUGCCGUUGCUUUGUGGGCAUGGGACAUCGUGGUCGACAACUGCGCCAUUUGCCGCAACCACAUCAUGGACCUGUGUAUCGAGUGCCAGGCAAACCAGGCAUCCGCCACCAGCGAGGAGUGCACCGUGGCCUGGGGCGUCUGCAACCACGCGUUUCACUUCCACUGCAUCUCACGAUGGCUAAAAACCCGCCAGGUUUGUCCGCUGGACAACCGCGAGUGGGACUUCCAAAAGUACGGCCACUAAACCAGAUAAAGCAGCAUUAAUUUGAACCUUUAAGUUCACCCAAAACUCUUAAGAAAAACUCUGCUACAUCUGGACACUUUACCCUAUUUAAUACCUUCGUAGUUCUUAAGCGAAUGGAAAAGCUCGGGCGGAAACGUUAAACUCCAGGAAUGGAGUGCUUUCUGAUUCCGCUGCUUUUCCUGAGACAAAACUUUUGUAACGCUAAAAAUAAAUGCUGUAGAAGAUGAGAAGACAACCCGACUUUGCAUCGUACAUUUCCACGUAA